AUGUCUUCAACUGCAAGACUGCAAUCGGCACCAAAAGAUGGUAAUUGGCAUGGCCGAAUUGAAGUAGGAGGGGAGUUCCCUCCCGAAACGGAUCGAUACCAUUUAUACAUUGGACUUUUCUGUCCAUUUGCCCAUCGAGUAAACCUCAUUCGACAUCUCAAAGGUCUCACUUCCAUUCUCCCUAUAUCCGUCGUCAAACCUUAUCCAAAGGGUGACGAUAAAGGAUGGCCCGGCUGGAAAUUCGCAACAGAAACCGAUCCUUACCCUGGCGCAACUGGAGAUCAUCUCUUUCAUUCCAAAUAUCUCCACCAGGUAUACUUCCGGUCUCAAAAAGAUUACAAAGGGAAAUUCUCCGUGCCCGUUCUGUGGGAUAAGAAGACAAAUCAAAUCGUUUGCAACGAAAGCUUGGAGAUCCUGCGGAAUCUGAAUACAGGAUUUGACAGCAUAUUGGAUGAUGAAUAUAAGAAUCUGAAUUUCUAUCCCGAGAAUUUGGCCGCCGAAAUCGAUGAAAUGGGAGAAUGGAUGCAAAACGAAAUCAAUACCGGAGUAUAUAAGGCUGGGUUUGCACCAAACCAAGAAACUUAUGACAAAAAUGUUGUGCCACUUUUCAAAGCUCUUAAUCGAAUGGAGGAAAUCAUCAAAAAGAAUGGAGGUCCAUAUGUUUUGGGCUCAGAAAUGACAGAAUUGGAUUUGAGGUUGUAUCCAACAAUUUGUCGCUUCGAUGCCGUGUAUGUGCAACAUUUCAAGUGUAACCUUGGAACAAUUCGGCACGAUUAUCCAGUAUUAAAUGCUUGGUUGAAACAUUUGUAUUGGGAAGUAAAGGGGUUUAAGGAAUCUACGGAUUUCAAACAUAUCAAGGAAAAUUACACGAAGAGUCAUGCGGACAUCAAUCCAAAGGCCAUCACACCGAUGGGUCCUAUCCCUAAUGUUGAGCGUGGAGUAGAUGAUGAUUGGAGUAAAUUGGUAGCAGGUAGGGUCGAAUUGGAAUAA